AUGGUCCUCUACUUUGAUGGUCUUGCCGUGCUGACAACAGCGGCGCUGCUGCUGUUGCCAACCCAUGCGGCCGUCUAUUGCGAUGAGAAUUCCUAUCCUGCCGGUUCCACCAAGGCGUCCAAGCUGGUCCCCAACACAUUCCACAAGUUGUGUCCGUCAACGUCUUCCUUGGGAGAACCCAGUUGUGGGGAUGGCACUCCCUUUGCCUUUUACUACUCGAGUCCAGUGCGACGACGGAGUUCCAACAAGAUUCUCUUGGAGUUUCUCGGUGGCGGCGCCUGUUGGAAUGCCGAUACGUGUGGUAAUCAGGCCGAUAUGUUGACAUUUCCUUACAUUUUUGAUGAUUUGACCGGUCUCUCUUGUUCCGAGAUUCAAGCGGGGUUAGACGAAAAUGGAGGUAUGUAUCAAGGCGAUGGAGACUUGCCCUUGAACAUGCUGUGUGCGCAAACCAUGGGAGGAGAAUAUGGAGAUGAUCCCGUGGUGGAUUUCAGAGAGUAUCAUACCAUCAUUGUGCCCUAUUGUACCCAAGAUACUCACAUGGGAAGCAAAACGGUCGACUAUGGAAACAACGACGAUGAUGGUGGACAGAUUGUACACCACAAGGGAGCUCACAAUACCAUGGCCGUCUUGGAGUGGAUCUAUGACAAUUUUCCACAUCCAGAACAUAUCGCCAUUACGGGAUGUUCGGCUGGAGCCACCGUCUUGCCGUUGGUAUAUGAUUUGCUCUUUCAUCAUUACAAUCGUUUCAAGACGGGCGGAAAGCGAACGACCAGUUUGUCCACCGUGUUGGAUUCUCCCGUCUUUUUGACUCCGGAAAACUUUUUGCAAUACGGAUUACCCAACUGGAACGUCGAACCCAUGAUGAAGAAAGUUCGAUUCAAUUUUGACAAGUACAGUCAUUCCGAGGAAUUCAGCACCAAACUCAUGGAACACGUGCUCAAGCGAGGAUACCGAAAGAACCAAUGGGGGGUCAUUUCCCACACACAAGAUCCCGUCAGUUAUGAGUACUUUACAGAGAUGAGUGGGUACAACAACCGUCGUCGUCGUCGUUUGGAUGAUGGUAAUAAUUAUUAUUAUGGCAAUCAAGAUGACUGGUGGACUGAAUUGAGCACGUCCAUCAACUCCAUUGUCAAGAAACAUCGCAAUGUGGACAGUUUCUACAUGGAAGCCGAAGCACACUGCUCCUUUGGAUUGUACUAUGGCAUUACCACUGGAGGAGAAAACUUUCGAAAGUGGGCCUCCAACAUUCUCAAGUCGCGCAAGAGUCUGUCGCCGUCCGCCAGUGGCUGGUUCUGGGCAUCCCUGUUGGUCGCCGUCAGUCUCAUUGGCGCCACGGGGUAUCAUCAACGAAGACGGGCCGCCCUGGGAACGACCGAAGGAGAAUACUCCGAUGGCAACCAAGAUUCGGAUGGCAUGAUUAUGCAUUCCAACAUUCGAGCCAGGAAAACUUUGAGGACCAAGCUCAAGGAGAAUCUGCAAAAGUUGGCCGCCACGAUUGCCUUCUUUUUGGACAAGGCUCCCGUUACCAUUGCCUAUGGCGCCGCGGUCACCAUCACCUUUGUGGGUUCCAUGACAUGGAAUGGGAUUGAGGACAUUGUGUACAAUCCAUCGAUUGGACCCAGCGCCACCACGUUGAGUGCCUUUGGCAUUAACAAUCCUACAUUGGUCGUCUACCGUCACCAGAUCUUACGAGUGCUCAUUACAUCGACUUUUUUGUGCAGUGGCGUCAUCACCUACCUCAUGGUCAUGUACUCCCUCGUCUCUUGCAUGCGGCGCAUGGAAAAGGCUAUGAGUGCGUUGCCAACCAGUACAGCAAGCACAAACAGACGGUUUCAAUUUGCGUCGUCGUCCUUUUUCCAGCUGGCUGUUUUGAUAUCUAUUGGAUGUAACAUCUUGUAUGCUUGCACGGUCAGUGGAGCAAGCUGCUCUAGUAUGGCCCUCAUCUUGGGGUUGCAAACCUUCUCCACUGUCAUGCACCGGUAUCAUCAGCAGAAGGCUUUUCCCUCGUUGAGGGGAAUCACAGGAGUCUUUUUUGUCUUUACGAGUCUCUUUCUGCCAUUCAACAGCUGGGUCAUGAUGUUGUAUGCCAUUAUUUUGGGUGGAGGACUUGCCGCUGGCGUGUACUGGGUCUACUCCCCUCCCGGAACAACGCCGGGCAUGGCAGGCACUGUCGAUCAGACUCACGAGUCCUACACGACGUAUUCCGAAGAUAACAAUUCCCUCGACAUGCCCAACAAGGUCACGUUGCUUCGAAAACAGCGUCCCUUCAAGGCAUAUUUGUUUCUUCUGGUUGUGCUGUUCACCUGCCUCGUGAUGCGUAUUCGAAAACCGAAGCGAAUGUUCGAGCAACCCUUCUUGACUGGAUGUGAGUUGGUGUAUACGACACACGUGGACGAAAUUAUGAAUAGCGAAGUCGCAGGGCAAUUUGCCGGUCAGUACAACGGACAGGCGGCACAAAACGGCGACCAAGAGCGCCAGUUGGGAGACGACGACGACGCGGCAGGAUAUGACGAGGAAUACAUGUGUGCACAGUUUUGUGUUCCACACUUGGUCUCUCGUCCACUGAUCUGGGGCGCAAACAUCUACACUGGCUUUGAUGUAACACGAGGAUGGUGUGAAGAAGUUGGCUACAGUCAACAUAUUGCUGACAAGACGUUCUCAUACAAGAAGAUCAAGAAGUACUCGGUCGAAGUGGAGCUUUACUUUGAUGACAACUACGCCUUGUACGAUGACGACGACCACUAACUCUUCGUUCAUUCCUGCACCACCACAACGAUCCCCAAGCUCAUUAUUCAUUUCAUAAUCAUGCAUACUAGUACCUACCUGCACGUUUU